CAGGCUUUGAAGUUUGGAACUAAAAUGUUAGGAAUAAAGUGGUCCGAACCGAACAUCUUAGAAACCAAACACUCUAGUUGCCUUAGAGGAUGUAAUAAUAGGACGGCUUUGGAUACCUAACCUUCUCUGACUUAUGGAGUCUUCACUUUUUUGAAACUUUCAGAGUCGAAUUUACUGAAAAUGGUCACUGCUCUACACGAAAGCUCCAAGUUUCUCUGACUUAUGGAAGAGUCUUCACCUUUUUAAUAAAAUCCAUCGUCUCCAAGUUUCUUCUACACGGAUUCUUAAGCUCUUCCAACCAUUAAGCAGAUAUAACAAGACGCCUAUUUUUUUCAUAUCUAGUGUAAGGAUGCAGAGUAGGGUUAUUCAGUUGGAAGAAGGUAAAGAUAUUGUAGUUACGGGCGGCCGGGCCGGGCUAAAUAAGGCGUUUCCUUUCAAGUUACUUCUCUUGCUAGGAUUUUUUCUAGCUUUUACUGUUGUUUUGUUCUUCAUUAGUGUAUCCACAUUCAAGUAUUAUGGAAUCAAUAGUGUAGUGACUUCAGUCACGUCUAGUUUUGUGCCUUGCCACGAGAAAAGAAACGAUCUUCAUAAAUGGAUUAAACCUCCUAUGGUUCUCAUGCAUAAUAUGAGCGAUGAAGAACUUCUUUGGCGUGCGUCUUUCAUGCCUAAGAGGAAAGAGUAUCCGUUUAAUAGGGUGCCGAAAAUCGCGUUUAUGUUCUUGACAAUGGGUCCUUUGCCGCUUGCACCGCUUUGGGAAAGGUUAUUAAAGGGUCAUGAGAAGCAUUAUUCAGUUUACAUCCAUUCAACAGUAUCGUCUUCAGCCAAGUUUCCAGCUUCCUCUGUUUUCUACCGUAGGCAUAUACCAAGUCAGGUUGCAGAAUGGGGAAGAAUGACAAUGUGCGAUGCAGAGAGGCGGCUUCUUGCCAAUGCGCUACUCGAUAUCUCAAACGAAUGGUUUGUUCUCCUCUCCGAGUCAUGCAUUCCCCUCUUCAACUUCACAACUAUCUACACUUACAUAACCAAAUCAAAGCACAGCUUUAUGGGUUCAUUUGAUGAUCCUAGUCCCUAUGGCCGAGGCCGCUACCACGGCAACAUGGCCCCUGAAGUUUCCAUAAACCAAUGGAGAAAAGGGUCUCAAUGGUUUGAGGUUAACCGGGAGCUUGCGGUUUCCAUUGUCAAAGAUACCUUGUAUUACCCUAAAUUCAAACAGUUUUGUAAACCUGCUUGUUACGUGGACGAGCAUUAUUUCCCAACAAUGUUGACAAUUGAGAAACCGGCGGCCUUGGCCAAUCGAAGUGUGACUUGGGUCGACUGGUCGAGAGGUGGUGCCCACCCAGCUACAUUUGGAGCACAAGACAUCAGUGAGGAGUUCUUUGCAUGGGUUCUCAAAGGUGAUAACUGCACUUACAAUGGUGGCUACACAUCCAUGUGUUAUCUCUUUGCUAGAAAGUUUUCUCCGAGUGCUUUAGAGCCUUUGAUUCAAAUUGCUCCCAAGAUUCUGAGUUUUUGAGUAGGUAAUGUCACUAAACAAACUCAUGAAAAUUAACAUAUAUAUCAUAUAAAUGUAUGUGGAAUUGGGGAUAACUAUAAAGCUGAGAUUGAAAAGUAAGUUUUGGUGGGAGGAGAGAGUAUUGAUUUAUAGUUUUCCACGUGUAUUUCUGCGAAGUUAUAACAAUUAUGAUCUUUGGAUAUAAAAUCUCACUUAGUUGCUCUCUUAA